GCUUCCUGUUAGCAACCGAUCGACGCUAUCCGCUGUUUCCAGGGCAGGAAGGGACGGCGCUUUACGCUCGUUUUCCUCAAUUUAUAUAUCGGCGUAGAGAAACAUCCCUCGUCCCGGAUUAAAAAGAGUAAAGAUAAAAUGAGCGAGCAGAUCAAGUUCAUCGUGGAGCAGCUCAACAAAGAGCCGUUCAAGAAGAACCUGAACCUCAUCACUUUCGACUCGAUGGAGCCCAUGCAGCUCCUGCAGACCCUCAAUGACGUGCUGGCGGAGAUCGAUCCCAAGCAAGCCGUCGAUAUCCGAGAGGAGAUGCCUGAGCAGACGGCCAGACGGAUGUUCGCCUUGCUGGCCACGCUGAAGUACAGACCACCCGGGACAUCUGCCGAGGCGAGUAACUUCCGUCAGGGCCUGGUGACAGGCAGCAAGCCUGUUGUCCACCCUGUGCUACACUGGCUGCUGACGAGGAUCACGGAGCUGAAGAAGAGGGCAUACUUGGCCCAGUUCCUCGUGAAGCUGGAGGUGCCUGCAGAGUUCAUGCAAGAUGAUGUCGUUGCUGACACCUUCCACCAGUAUGAAGAGCUGGUGGAAGGUUUCAAGAACUACCACAAAGAGUGUGAGCAGCUGAAGAGCUCGGGCUUCUCCACCGCUGAGAUCCGGCGGGACAUUGGGGUAAUGGAGGAGGAGAAAGACCAGCUGAUUAAACGAGUGGAGAGGUUGAAGAAAAGGGUGGAGUCGGUGUCCAGCCACGGGCGUAUGCUUGAGCUUGUCAGGCAGCUACGGAUUGAGAAGGAGCGAGAGGAGUCCCUCGCCCACCAGAAGCAGGAGCAGAAGAACCAGCUAUUCCAAGCGGAGCAGAGGCUGCAGAGGUGCCAACUGCAGCUGAAGGAGCUUUGCCAGGCGGCUGCUGAUGCCAGGCCGGAGAGCCUCAUGAAGCGACUGGAGGAGGAGAUCAAGUUCAACACCUACAUGGUGUCUGACAAGCUGCCUAAGGAGCUGGAGAGCAGGCGGCGGGUGGUGCAGUAUCUGCAGAGGGUGGUGCUGGAGCCGGCCAUGGGGCAGGACGAGCUGGAGGAGCUGGAGGACAAGAUUCAGGACGUGAACGGGCAAAUCAACCAGCUUAUCGAGAGGAGGAUGAUGCGGAGCGAUCCCAUGGACGACAAGCUCUCCCUCUUCAGGCAGCAGGCUUCCAUCAUCAGCCGGAAGAAGGAGGCGAAGGCAGAGGAGCUGCAGGAGGCGCGCGAGGAGCUGGCUACAAUGGAGAGGGAGCUGGCCCAGAAGAGCAGUCAGCCGCUGGGCCCGGGCGGCAGUGAGGGGAUUCGCGGAGAUGAGUUCAAGCGCUUGGUGGGGAAGCUGAGGGGUAAAAGCGGCGUGUUCAAGAGGAGGCGGCAGGAGCUGGCGGAGCUGCGUGCCGGGUUCGGCGUGCUGCAGCGCACCGAGGAGAUCCUGCGGCAACGACACGGCGCCGUCCUGCAGCAGCUGCAAUCCGUGGAGGCACAGAAGGGGGUCUCGGGGUACAGCGACACGCAGGAAGAGCUGGAGAGGGUGUCCACCAUCAAGAGCGAGCUGGACGAGAUGAAGGGCAGGACACUGGACGACAUGUCUGAGAUGGUGAGGAAGCUGAACUCUGUGAUCAUGGAGAAGAAGACGGCUCUGGCACCACUGAUCAAGGAGCUGCGUCCUCUCAGACAGCAGUGUCAGGAGCUGACCCAGGAGUACGAGGUGAAAAAGGCCCAGUACGACAGCUGUGCGGCCGGCUUGGAGAGCAGCUGGUCCAAACUGGAGCAGGAAGUGAAGGCACUGCGGGAAGAAAUGACUCAGGAGGAAAGCCGCUAUCACCACAUAAACUGCACGAGAGAGAUCGUGGAGAUGCAGAUACAGAGAGCGGCCGAUGAGAUGAAGUUCUACGUGUCACCUGACCCACAGGAGAGGAAGAAGGCCCUCAGGGAGCAGUACAUGAAGAACAUUGCAGAGCAAGAGAGCCUGGGCAAGAAGCUGCGGGAGAGCCAGAAGGCCGUGCGGGAGAGCCACGCGCCCAACAUGAAGCAGGUGAAGAUGUGGAGGGACCUGGAGCAACUGAUGGAGUGCAAGCGCGAGUGUUUCCUGCGGGCCCAGAGCCAGGCGUCCGUGGGCCAGGUCUUCCAGGAGGGGGGUGAGGACAGGCUGGUGUUGUGAGGCCAGCCCCCCUCCCAUAAUGAUACACUAUUAUUAUAUCUAUAUGUGCGUUUAAGCUUCCGUUUUACCUUUGAUUCUUCGGGGUUGUGCUGCCGGAUUUGCAGGAGCCUGUUGCUUUUUGUUGCUCUUUCCAAACGUUGAUGUUUUCUAAUAAAAAUACAAUUCUUUGACGCUGAAUUUUACAUCCAA